AUGGACAAGGAUCUUCUACAUGCAAUCGCCCGUGCGGAACUCGCGGAGAAGCGACUCGCGCUUCUGUUGACCCAGGGCUCGCCGGCGGAAAAUGUGCCUCAGGUCAACGACGUGUCGACCUUGGGCGAUGUAGAGGUUGAACUCGGCAACGUCGAGGAGAACGUACAAGGCAGGGAGCCCAACGAUUCCGAUGACGCUGACGCCGACAUAAGUCCGGUCACGGUGAAAACCGAAAUUGACAAAGCGGACUCCAGCUCGGCGCAGACGAACGGGGACGACGAAGAUACCAUGUUUAUCGGACCGUUCAUCGACC